AUGGCUUUUAGGACCUUAGUCACAGUAAUUGGUCAAAUAGAGGAGGGGGUUCUUGUGAAAUGUGAAGCAUACGAUGAUGUCCAAGUAAACUGCAGCCUCCCAGGUGUGCCAGAGCUGACCAUGUCCUUUGCUAACACUGCAAUUAUCAAUGAUGUUACCUUCCACCCCUGCGUCCGAUUCAGGCCUUGGGAUUCAAAUCAGAUCCUAUCAUUUGUUCCUCCCGACGGGCAGUUCAAGCUCAUGAGUUACAGGGUUCAGAAACUGAAGAAGACACCGAUCUAUGUGAAACCACAAUUAACAUCAGAUUCCGGGAACUGUCGCGUUAGUGUGAUGGUCGGGAUUCUCGAAGCUGAGCACUCUACAUGUACCUUCACCUUGCUAUGCUUCUCUGACGCUAGCCUUCUUAUGCAGACCUGUUUGUGGACAAUUGGGCAGAUACCAAAAGACAAAGCACCGGCACUCUCUGGAAAUUUACGACUGGAGGAAGGGCUCGCACAACUGCAUGCAUUGUCGACAUUUCAGGUGAGAUUCACGAUUAUGGGAGUUGCCCUAUCUGGCCUUCAAAUCGAUAAGCUGGACGUGAAGAACACCCUGAACGCUCCGUACAAAAGUUUUAGAGCCCAGACUCAAGCUGGGAAGUAUGAGGUCAGAUCGUAGGUGCUUGCAGGGGGGCAGUUGUUAGUUCAUUCUUGUAGAAAACGAAUGAUGUUGUGGACCUGGCUCAUGGCCUGUUAACACAUUGUUAUGAUCAUCAGUUGAGGGUUCACGACCAGCUGCAUUUGGGUCGUUGCAUUUGAUGGGAGGUGCCAUUGUUCUUUGUUCAGGUCAAUAGGUGUCUUGUACCUGAAUCAGAUUAUCCUCUGUGGUGUGAAAGCAACAGAAUACUGCGACCCUAGGCCUAUCUAGAUCAAGGUUUUGGAUUCUGGCACCUUGUGUUAUAAAAUUCACUUGAGUAUAGAAUCUCUAUAUUUUUUUGUUGUAA